GCCGCUGGGGCCGGGGGCAUGGCCGCUAGAAACCAGGGCACCGAGCUAGACCUCAGUUGGCUUUCCAGAGUCCGGGUGAAUCAGCCAGCUGUCCUGAGGCGUGCGGAACAAAUUCAGACCCGAAGGGCCGUGAAAAAGAAUUGGCAAGCAGCUUGGCUUCUGAGAGCUGUCACCUGUAUAGACCUCACCACCCUUUCUGGCGAUGACACCCCGUCAAACGUCUGCAGGUUGUGUUAUAAAGCCAAGCAUCCCAUCCGAGAGGAUCUGCUGCAAGCUAUGGACAUGCACAAUAAAGGUAUUACUACUGCUGCUGUUUGUGUGUAUCCAGCAAGAGUCACCGACGCUGUGAAAGCACUCAGGGCUGCUGGCUGUAACAUCCCAGUAGCUUCAGUGGCAACGGGGUUCCCAGCAGGACAGACGGCCCUGAAGACUCGCUUGGAGGAGAUCCGGAUAGCUGUGGAAGAUGGUGCCAAAGAGAUUGACGUUGUCAUUAACAGAACCUUGGUCCUGACGGGCCAGUGGGAAGUCCUCUAUGAGGAAAUCCGUCAGUUCCGUCAGGCCUGCGGCGAAGCUCACAUGAAGACCAUCUUGGGGACUGGAGAGCUGGGAUCGCUUGCUAAUGUCUACAAGGCCAGUCUGAUAGCCAUGAUGGCAGGUUCCGAUUUCAUUAAGACCUCUACAGGAAAAGAAGCAGUUAAUGCUACCAUCCCAGUAGGGCUUGUGAUGGUGAGGGCCAUCAGAGAUUUCUUCUGGAGAACCGGCUACAAGGUUGGCUUUAAGCCGGCAGGAGGAAUCCGUACUGCCAAAGAUGCCCUUAUCUGGCUCUCACUGAUCAAGGAAGAACUGGGAGACGAGUGGCUGAAGCCAGAACUCUUCCGCCUGGGCGCCAGUACUCUGCUGGCCGAUAUUGAGAGACAGAUUUACCAUCACGUGACUGGCAGAUACGCAGCAUACUAUGACCUGCCUAUGGCUUAGGCUGGUGGCUGAUGCGGGAUGCGAGAGAAAGAG